UUUAUCCAAAGCGCUGUACAAUUGAUGCUUCUCAUUCACCCAUUCAUACACACGCUUACACACCAAUGGCGAUUGAUAAUUAAACAGUAUGCAGUUCAUUAUACACGUUAUACUAAAUUAGUUUUGAUUGUCUCAACGCAAUCGUGAAUACGUGGGAAAUUCAUUUAAAUGUAGCAGUUUCUUUCAGGGAAUAGUUUCAAUUUUGGCGGGGAAGGAAAAGGAAGUAAAUAGACGGUAUAUUUCCUGCAAUCAGCGCACAGAGCGGGGACGGGACGGGGUUCAAAAUGGACGACAGAGAACCAGAAAUUGUCUUCAAAAAGGAAACGGUCAGCAAACUACUGUCAUUGUUUUUCAAGGACGACAAAACGAGAGUGAGUGGUGAUGCUGCCCUUCUGAUGACUGAGAUGCUGAAGGUAUUUGUGCAAGAGGCAGCACGCAGGGCUGCGAAACAGGCUAACACAGAGGACAACGACACCGUGGACAUCGAUCACUUUGAGAAGAUUCUUCCACAGCUGCUCCUGGACUUUUAGUUUUUAGAGGGAUCCAGAGUUCCACGGCUGGUUCAACAGAAACACGUGGAAACCGUUCCAGCCUCAAACCUCAAUCCCAUCUGCAUAGGGCAUGCCAAACCCAAGUGUUUAUUUGGAAUAUUUAUAUAUACUGUACAUACAUUUCUUUAACCCUGUUCUAACGUGACUGAAGUCUACCUUUGUAAAUGGGAAAAGAUUGCUCGAGUGAAGUUGUAGGUUUAUAUUGCAUUACAUUUUAACAAAUAAAUGUAUUUGAUUUUGCUGUA